AUGACGAAGAGCGCAGUCAGCCAACACUCGGCGGAUGAGUCAAUCCGAGAAGUACAGGACGAUACGUAUGAUGAGCCUGAUGACCAAGAAAGAGAUAGGAUCGAAGAAGAGUGGCGCAACAGCAUUCGCAUGAAGGUUGACCUUCGACUUUGCAGCAUCGCAGGUAUCUUGUGCUCGCUCAAUCUACUCGACAGUGGCGUGAUAUCCAGCGCAUCCGUUACGUCGAUGCUCAGCGACCUAGAACUGGACAUCGGUAACAGAUACUCGGUCUCUAUCUUCAUCUUCACAAUUGCGAGCAUUGCUUUCCAGUUGCCAUCAACAAUUGCUGUGCGCACUUUUGGUCCGCGUAUCUGGUUCGCCUUGAUCACUUUCUGUUUCGGCAUCAUUACACUGUGCACGGCUUUCGUACAGACAUGGCGGCAGAUGAUUGCGCUUCGCAUUCUACUCGGUAUUGCCAUGUCGGGUAUCUACCCCGGAUUGACGUAUCUCAUCUCGACAUGGUACACGCGGAAAGAGCAACAGCUUCGGUUUGCCCUGAUGCAGAGUGGAGAAGUCAUUGUCUUGGCAACGGGCGGUAUCGUCAACUUCGGGCUCAAUCAGCUUGAUGGCCAGUAUCUCAAGGGAUACCAAUGGAUGUUCGCUGUACAGGGGAGCAUCACUGCGUUCUUUGGCAUCUUGACUUAUUGGUGGAUGGUCGACUUUCCCGAGCACGCGCAAAACUCUUUCUACUUCCUCACGCCCCACGAGAGCGCGUUGGCAUCUUCUCGCAUUCAGAAGGACCGAGCCGAUGUCAAGCCUGACGACUUUGCUUGGUCUAAAGUCUUUGUUCACGCCAAAGAUGCAAAAGUCUACGGAUUCUGCAUCCUUUACUUCCUGCAGAACCUUGUCUCGACGUCACUCUCCUACUUCUUGCCCAUCAUUCUGCAAGGCGGAAUGGGCUUCUCUUCUGAUAAAUCUAUCCUGCUCUCUGCACCGCCUUACUACUACGCGGUUCUCCCCGCCAUCUUGUCGUCGAUCAUCGGCGACAAGUUUCAGCUAAGAGGGCCAAUCAUAGUUUUCAACUGCGUCUCUCUAAUUAUCGGGUUUUGCAUGCUGGGCUUCUCAGACCAAGUCACAGUGAGAUAUAUCGGCACCUAUCUUGCGACUGGAGCAUACGUGGCGAACUGGGCUGCCAUGGCGACUUAUCAAGCGAACAAUAUCUGCGGCCAGUGGAAGAGGGUGUUCACGGCCGCGAUGGUCACAGCUUUCAACGGAGCAGGAGUCGGCGCCGCCCUCGUAGCCGCCACAAUGGUGUUCCUAGGCAUAUACCGCGCCAUCUACGACUAUGAGCCCCAGAGCAGCAACGAGAUCGCCCUUGACGAGGGCGACAUCUUGAUGGUCCUGGAGAAGUCGACGAUUGACGCCUGGUGGAAAGCGAAGAAAAAGGGACGCGAUGGAGACGAUGAAGAGCCUGAGGGCUUGAUUCCGAACAACUAUAUUGAAGAGGCCGCACCCAUCGCCCGCGCCAAAGCCCUAUUCGAUUACGACCGCCAGACAGACGAAGAGCUCUCUUUCAAGGAAGAUGCCAUUCUAGACGUUUACGACACCACAGAUCCUGACUGGACACUGGUCGGAGUCGAAAGCGACUAUGGCUUUGCGCCUGCGAAUUACAUCGAGCUUACCGAAGAUGAUGCGGCAGCACCACCACCAGCACCAGCAGUGGCAUCUCCAGCGCUGCCAAGUCGCCCGCCAAUGCCGGCAGCGAGGGACUCUUUUGACGACGACCAGCCGCCUACUCCUGACACUCCCCCAACGCAGAGUCCCGCUGCCGCCCUGGCUGGCAUUAUACAGAAGAAGUCGCAAGAGGCAGCUCCGCGAUCGACCAUCUCACCUCCGCCUAAUGUAACCGCGCCUCCAAAACAACAGCGACGCGUGCAAUUUACCCCGGAAGAGUCGGACGAAGAAGCGCCACCGCCCCGUCUUCCCACGCGGCCCGAAUCCGAAAUACGCUCGCCUCCGCCAACUCAAUACACGCAUGCGCGGUCCCCAUCGCCUCCGGUCAGAUCGCCCCCACCCCGGAGCGUCACAUUUGACCAGUAUGAUCCUCCAAGUAGGGAUGAGCAGCCCGCGACGCCCAUGUCCGGCUCUGGCUAUCAUCUGUACAAUAUCUACGAGUACAUCACGCAGCCAGGCAAGAAUAAGAAAAUGCCAAUCACGCUGGGCGUCAACAUCCCGAAAGGAAUGAUUAUGAUUGCGCCCGAGAAGUCGCGCGAUGGACCACAACAGGAGUGGAGCGCAGAUAAGAUGGAGUACUAUUCACAAGAGGGCAAGCACAUAUUUAUGGAGCUGAAACAGCCAAGCAAGAGCGUUGAUUUCCAUUGCGGCGCUAAAGACACUGCAUCCGAGAUAAUGCUGGCUCUUGGUGAGCUUGCCGGAGCCGCUAAGAGCGCAGGACUGCGCGAGGUGAUAGCUGCUGGCUCCGGAAAUUCUAAUGUGCAGAAGAAGGGUGUUAUGCUAUUCGACUUCAUGGCACAGGGCGAUGACGAGGUUACCGUCGGUCUUGGCGAUGAGAUCUUGGUUAUCGACGAUUCUGCCAGUGACGAGUGGUGGAAAGUCAGGCGGCUCAAGAAUGGCAAAGAGGGUGUCGUACCAGCUAACUACGUUGAAAUCACAGAAACCGUCCCCAUACAUGCUCCUGCAGCCGCCAUGGCUCGAUCGGGAACCAACGCUGGCCGAUCCAUUGUCGAACAGAAUAGGCGGGAGGAAGAGGAGCUUGCUCGCCAGGCCUCAAGACGGAAGAGGCCAGAAAGUGAGGCAAGGAACGAUCAGGUAGGCCCUGGCCUGCACUUGCCUUCGCGUAACUCUAGUCUCAUGCAAACAAAUGUUGACCAUCGUCGUACUUCACAGAGAUCAUCAAGCAAGCGCGAAAGCUCCGCGAAAGACUCGAGUUCGAAGUCCUCGUCUAAGCCAAGUCAGUAUACAACAAUUUCACUACUUGAGUUUCUUGAUCUGUCUCUUACAAAGGGGUCUGCGCCUUCGGUGAACGCUGGCCAUCUACCUAAUGCUGCCAAAGUACGCACUUGGACCGACCGCUCUGGAUCAUUCAAGGUUGAGGCAGAGUUUAUCCUGAUCAAGGAUGGCAAAAUUCACCUACACAAAGUCAAUGGCGUCAAGAUUGCCGUACCGGUCACAAAGAUGUCCGUAGAGGACCUCGAAUAUGUAGAACGCGUUACAGGAGAGUCUCUGGACGACGACAAGCCUUUGUCAGAUCUGAAGAGGAGAAGCAUGCAACAACCUCGCGCAAAGGACUCUGGUCCAACCGGCAUUUCUGUCGAGAGGAAGCCAGAGUACGAUUGGUUUGACUUUUUCCUCAAGUGCGGUGUCAACCCCCAGAUCUGUGAACGCUACGCUAGGGCAUUUACCAAGGACGAAAUGACAGAAGAAAACAUACCAGAUAUUACUCCCGGGCUUCUGCGUACGUUGGGUCUCAAGGAAGGUGACAUUCUCCGUGUCACCAAGCACUUGGACGCACAGUUCGGAAGGGAUAAGCGAAAUGCUGAAGAUGGAGGAGAGGGAGCUUCUGGUGGCCUGUUCUCCGGUCCAGGAGGUGCACUGAGAAACAACACUCGUAAAGGACGUCCUGCACCGCCUGUUGAAACAAACGAUGUCGUUGACCCGAAAGCGUUUGAGCCAAAGUCCGACGACACAGUCAAGAAGCCUGCAGAUGGUACCCCGACACCGCUGGCGUCCGCACCCACUCCUGACAAGACUGCAAAUGGAUUUGACGAUAAUGCAUGGGAUGUCAAGCCAUCAAAAUCUGCGUCUGCCCCUGCGCCAGCAGCAUCUCCGCCACCAGCACAAGCACCUGUAGCGAAACCACCUCAGCUGACCGGAUCUAUGAACGAUUUGUCUCUCUUGGAUAUGCCUGCGCUCAAGCCUGAUGAGAUUGCUCAGCCAACACCUCCCGCUCCGGCACCCCAGCCAACGCAAGCGCCUGUUCAACAGCCUCCCGCUCCCGCUCAGCAGCCACAGCCGACCGGCGCUACCCCUACCCUGUUUGAACAGGUUGCGGCUAUUAAGGCUCUUACCCAGCCUCAAAACAUGGCUCCACCGCGUAUGCGACCACAAGCUCCUCAACAGCAAAACACUGGUGGUCUCAUUGCUCCACCACCGCAGCGGUCUUCCUCUGCCCCUAUGAAUCCGCAACAAAGUGCUUUUGGCCCUCCACCACCUCUACAACCUCAGCUCACAGGCUACAACCCCAACAUGAUGGGCCAGAACUCCGGACAGGGCAUGCCACCGAUGCAACAGCAAAUGACAGGCUUCCCACAGCAGAAUGGCGGUUUUGGGUUCCAGCAAAACGGCAUGAUACCGCAACCCACAGGCUACAACUCCAUGUCUCCCCCCCAGCAACAGCCCAUGCAGACUGGGUUUGCGCAAUACCAACAACAGCAGCCAACCGGUUUCCAGCAGCCUAUGCAGACUGGCUUCCAACAGCAGCCCCACUUCACCCAGGGCUUUGGGAAUGGCAGUCCCUUUGCCGACCCACCACGUGCACCGUUCCAGCCCCUCCAGGCUCAGCCCACUGGUUACAAUUCGUUCCAACCAUCCCCGCUUAACCCACAGGCGACUGGCGUCAACCGCUUCCUACCCCCGGCCCUUGCGCCACAGCCAACCGGUUACCAAAGCACUCCGCCUCUUCCUCCCAUGCCGCCAAUGCCUUCGAUGCCUACGGCUCAGCCUUUGGUGCCACAGAAGACCGGUCCACCUCCAAGCAUCAAGUUUGGUGUACAGCCCGCAAAGAAGCUUACGCCUCAGCCGACCGGGAGGGCGAACCUUGCCAAUGCCACUCCCCAAAAUCCUUUCGGUUUCUAA